AUGGAGACCUAUGUGAAAAAAUUCAGAAUGCUGGCAAAGUUGGCAAUAUGCAUCAGGGGCGUCCCGAGGCCAGGUGUCACCUGGUCUCCAGACCAGGUGGAGCUGAAGAACACAGGAAAUUCCUAUGCACCUUUGGCUCCAUCUAGUGACAGGAAUGCCAUGCAAAGGGCGUUCGCCCAGCUAUAUGUUGGACGAAAGCUUUAUACAUCAACCUCUGAAGGCUGUAACACACUGCAUGCGAAGCAGCGCGGAGCGGUGUCGCGCUGCCUUCGCAUGCAGUGUGUCAUCUUUCUUCUGGGUAAUAUACCCACACUGAUGAAAGCUAUGAAGGAAGACAGCCUAGUGCAUGAGCUUUUUCUUCGGUGGUCACAGACCAACGGCCCAGUUUUUCGUGUCUAUGCUUUACAUAGGGUUAUGAUAUUAGUGACCAGUCCCAACGCUGUUAAGGAAAUCCUGAUGUCUCCCAAAUCCACAAAGGACUUGGUCUACAAGAAAGCAUUCUAUCUUUUUGGUGAAAGGUUUUUGGGGGCCGGCCUGGUGACAGAUCGUGAUUAUGAACAUUGGCACAAACAGAGAAGGGUGAUGGAUCCCGCCUUUAGCAGGACGUAUCUGACGGGAAUGAUGGGGACAUUCAAUGAAAAAGCAGAAGAGCUGAUGGAGCAAUUGGCAGGGAAAGCAGAUGGGAAAGCAGAAUUUGCAAUGCAUGAAAUGAUGAAUAAAGUGACUCUGGAUGUCAUUGCGAAGGUCGCUUUUGGAAUGGAUCUGAACUCUCUGCAUGAUGAUCAGACCCCGUUCCCUCAAGCCAUUUCCACGGUCAUGAGAGGUUUGGCCGAAACCCGAAACCCUCUCGCAGAGUACAGCCCAGGAAAACGAGGCUUUAUCAGGUCCGUCCGGGACAGCGUUCGGCUCCUCCGCCAGACCGGCAAGGAGUGCAUUGAGAAGAGACAGAAGGCCAUGCAGGAUGGAGAGGAGAUACCGAUGGACAUUUUAUCACAGAUCCUCAAAGGCGCAUCUUUUGAGAAAACAUGUGAUAUGGAAAUUUUAUUGGAUAAUUUUGUCACCUUCUUCAUCGCUGGACAGGAGACAACAGCCAACCAGUUAUCAUUCGCAGUGAUGGAACUGGCACGACAUCCAGAGAUAUUAGAGAGAGUUCAGGCCGAGGUGGACGACGUGAUCGGAUCCAAAAUAGACAUUGGAUAUGAAGACCUGAGCAAACUGGAUUACCUGUCCCAGGUCCUGAAAGAGACUUUGCGUUUAUACCCCUCAGCACCGGGCACCUCCCGCUUACUGGAACAGGAGAUGGUCAUUGAAGGACAUCGCGUUCCUCCUAAUGUCACUUUAGUGUUCAACUUUUAUUCCUUUGGGAGGAUGGAGCAAUUUUUUAAUGAUCCACUGAAAUUCGACCCAGAGAGAUUUGGUCCUGAUGCCAAGAGGCCAUACUUCACAUACCUCCCAUUUUCUCUGGGGCCGCGUUCAUGCAUUGGGCAAGCUUUGUCUCAGAUGGAAGCCAAGGUGGUCAUGGCAAAACUACUCCAGAGGUUUGAAUUCAAGUUGGCGGAGAGUCAAAGCUUUGACAUAAUAGACAUCGGCACGCUUCGUCCCAAAGAUGGCGUCAUCUGCAGGCUCAGGCCUCGAGCAAAUAAAUAA